AUUUGAACGUUCUCAGUGAUACUUCGUUUAAUACAUUGCAGUGGUCAUGCGCAAAUUCAAUUCUUUAUAGUUUACUAUCAGACGGCAGUAUUUUUAUGGAGAUAGGGAUAAGAGCCUGUUAUUUCGUGCAAUUACAAUUAUCGGUGUAACAUUAUUUGUCAUGUCUGACAAAGGAGGAAACGAAUCUGUCACUACCAAUGAAAUUGUUGACAAGUCUGAAGAAACGGGAGAAAAUUUAACAAACGAAGAAGCACCCACGAGCCUCGAGACUAUUCCUUCUGAAACACCUUUGGUUCGAAAUGGAACUCAGACUGCUUCCAAAGACAAAACAAAAAUCGAUAUUUUAUUAAAAGCAACCGCUAAUGCUCCGAUAAUGAAACAGAAGAGAUGGACUGUCAGUCAAGAUCAGUGUAUCGGUAAAAUUUCUGAUUUCGUGAGAAGAUACCUGAAACUAGAUUCUAACGAAAAAUUGUUUCUUUAUGUAAAUCAAACAUUUGCACCUGCGCCGGAUCAAGUGGUGAAAAAUUUAUACAACUGUUAUGGAGCCGACGGGAAACUAAUACUUCACUAUUGUAAAAGUCAAGCGUGGGGCUAAAUGCUUCUUGAAGGUAUAUCAACAUUGUCUUGUUUGGACCUGUAUCAUUAAACGAAUAAUUAAAUGUUUCGUAUCGUAUAUUUUCUCUAUAUAUUAAUAAAUUCAUUGUAAGUA